CUCUUUCUUAACCUCAUCUAUCUGAUGAAUAUAAAAUAUAAAAAUGUGGAUAAUCCUUUUGAUUCCAUUAAUAUUGAUUGGAGGGAUUUUUAUGAGCAGCAGAUGGAUUAUUUCAUGUUUUAGUCAUCUAUCUUUCUCUAUUUUCCGCAAAUUUUCAUCAUUUAAGUCAUCCAAUUUUUUAACGCGAAUUCUAUAUGCAUUAUUGUUUAUUCUUAAUUGUCUGUUUUCAUGGUUAAUGAGGUCAAACUGGGCAGUUAAAAAACUAGAGAAAUUGACGCCGGGAAUAAGGAUAUCAUGUCCAGAAGAAAGGUGUUAUGGAGUAUUAUCGGUUCAUAGGAUUAAUUUUUCAUUGGGUCUUUUACAUUUGAUUUUAGCGGGGUUAUUAGUGGGAGUACGAUCUAAUAAACAAAAGAGAGCAUGUAUACAAGAUGGUUUUUGGGCAUUUAAAAUUAUUGGAUGGUCUUUAAUUGUAAUGACGGCAUUUUUAAUUAAUGAUUCUUUUUUUAUUUUUUGGGGAAAUUAUUUUUCUUUUAUAGGAUCAAUUAUGUUUAUUCUUUUUGGUUUGUUUUUAUUAAUUGACUUUGCUUAUUCAUGGGCCGAAAUUUGUUAUCAAAAAUAUGAAAUAGCACAAAAUAAUCUAUGGAAAACAUGUCUUGUAGGGUCUACACUUUUUAUGUAUUUUGCGACUAUUAUUCUUAUGCUUGUGAUGUGUAUAUUUUUUGCAAAACCGGGAUGUUCUUUGAAUCAACUUGUUAUUUUUAUUAAUUUUAUUUUUCUACUUGUUAUUACGACUAUAUCUAUUCAUCCUACGGUUCAGGAUUAUAAUCCUCAAUCAGGACUUGCACAAUCAGCUACAGUUUGCUUAUAUACAACUUAUCUUACAGUAUCGGCACUUUCUAAUGAACCUAUUGAUCCUAACAAUCCUUUAUGUAAUCCAAUGGCACAUCCUUCGCAUACAAAAACAAUUAAUAUUAUUUUUGAUGCUAUUUUUACAUUUUUAGCAAUUGCUUAUAACACAUCUAGAGCAGCUGUGCAUUCAAUUUUCCUUUAUUCUAAAAAUGAUUUUCUAUAUUAUGAAAGGUUAAAGGAAGAGAAUGAUGAUGAACCUAUAAUUGACAAGUCUUUACAUGAAAUGAAGUUAAGACAGAAACUUUUAGAAGCAUCGGUUGAAACUGGAUCUCUUCCACCUUCUGCUCUUAAUGAUUCAGAUGAUAUUUUUAAUGAUUUGUCCGAUAGGAAUUCUGUUGAAUAUAAUUAUUCUGUUUUCCAUUUUAUAUUCUUUCUUGCGACAUGUUAUACAACAUGUUUAUUAACUGGAUGGGGCACCUUAAAAACACAAGGGAACAAAUAUAAUGAUAAUGGACCUUUUCUUGCUAUCGGGUAUAGUUAUUCUAUUGUAUGGAUGAAAAUCUUUAGCUCUUGGAUUUGUCAUGGGCUAUAUAUAUGGACAUGUAUAGCACCUGUUCUUUUUCCUGACAGAUUCUAUUGAUUUUUUAUCUUCUAAUAUAAAACUUUAAUUAUAUUUAUUUGUAG